CACAGAAAUCCCAGCAGCAGCAGCAGCAGCAGUUCUCCGUCUUUCACUCAGCCGAUCUACAACCAACUUUUAGUCGUAUGUUGUUUUUGAGUUCUGCAUAGUUUUCGUGAAGAUAUCUGAAUCAAGCAUUUUUCCUCGGUUUUCCUCGGUUUUCCUCAUCGCCAGAUUCUACAGCAGCAAACUGAUCUGGACGCCGAAUCACUCUCCUUGCCAACGGUUGACUGCUUUGAGGACGUGUUGGUAGAACACAAGCAAGCAAAAGUGAUACCCAACUUAAGGGAUGCCUGGAAAUCGAAGAUUGAGGAAGAUAAUCGUGACAUGUGAUACACCGAAAGGUAGAAGAAAAAACAACAGACAAUAGUCUUCAGCAUUACUGCAACAUAUUCUCAACAUUAAUGCAAUAUGGGCUAAGUGUUGGUGAUUGGAAUAAUUUUCCAGUUGUUUCCACUAAACAGCAAUAAUCUUAUCUGUAUGAUGUAAUUUCAAGAAAUCUUUAUCACAAGGGUUACAACAUGCACCCUCAAAGUAAACCUCUGUUAGAAUUCCUUCAAACAAUAAAGAUAAACCUCAUAUAAUCUCAUUUAAUGUGUGUACCUUGAUAGCAUCAAGUAUUUGUUAUCAUUGAUAUUUUGUCAAUCCUUAAAAUGACAAAUCUUAAAAAUAUCUUUUUUUAGUAGGUCAGAUGCAAGCAAGAAUGGAAAAGACGUGCCAUCAUACAGCACAUCAAGGGCAACAUCUAAGUAUCUUGUCUACACAAGAGAAAAUGGAUGCCCAAAGCUCCAAAAUGACGGGUUUGUUCUCACAGUUUCAAUAACCUUUCUCCAAUUACAGCAAUGUUUUGCUUUCAUUGCCAAGGAAUGGCAGAAGACCUUUUCUACUUAUCUUCUCUGUGUUCUCGGGUUGCAUCAGAGAAUAUUUCGAGUCAUAGAUCAUUUCAUUCUAGUUUUGAGUCUCAGGACAUGCCAAAUCAUGAAGAAAGCAGCGAUUUUUGUUGAAUUCCCCUUUUCUAUGGGUGUAUCCAUAUGCUUUGUGGUGGGACCGACAACUUUUCUAACAUUUCAGGACAGCCAUUUGAGGUUCUAAGACUUUAUAGUAUUCCGAUGUCUAGAAAUCACAAGCAAGCCAACCAGUGCAAGAGUCCUAACAAGACGUCCAUAUAUGCUGCUACAUGACAUGGCCAAAAGUUUGUGGGCACCCUUUCUCCAUAUCUCCUUAUAUGAACAUUGAGAGCAGAAUGGGCCAUACUAAAGAGCCACAACAACCUCUAGAAGCAACAUCAUCACAACAACUGUUGGACAGGAGUUUCAUGGAUUGACAUUCCAUGGCUGAACAGCCACACACAAGUCUAUGAUCACCCUGCGCAAUGGCAAGUGCCCACUGGUAUGGUAUUUACAAUGCCAACAAACUGGAAUGCCAACUGUGAGCCAGGCAUUAUCGUCCAACUUCAGUGUAGGACUUCACUAAUGCUCUGGAAGUUCCAGACUGCCUCUAGAAGAACAUCAGCGUAACAACUGUCGUACAGGAGUUUCGUGGCUUGACAUUCAAUUGCUGAGCAGCCACACACAAGUCUGUCAUCACCCUGCGCAAUGUCAAAUGUCCGCUGGAGUGGUGUAUACAACGGCAACCCACUGAAACGCCAACUGUGAACCUGGUAUUAUCACCCAACUUCAGGGCAGAACCUCACUAAUGCUCUGGAAGUUCCAGUCUGCCACUAAAAGCAACAUCAGGGCAACAACCAUUGGACAGGAGCUUCAUGAAUUGACAUUCCAUGGCUGAGCAGCCACACACAAGUCUGUCAUCACCCUGCGCAAUGGCAAAUGUCCGCUGGGGUGGUGUAUACAACGGCAACCCACUGAAACGCCAACUGUGAGCCUGGUAUUAUCACUUCAGUGCAGAACCCCACUAAUGUUCUGAAAGUUCCAGACUGCCUAGAAGCAACAUCAAUAAAACAACUGUUGGACAGGAGUUUCAUGGAUUGAGAUUCCAUGGGUGAGCAGCCUCACACAAGUCUAUGAUCACCCUGCACAAUGGCAAAUGUCUGCCGGAAUGGUGUAUACAUUGCCACCAAACAAACAUCAACUGUGAGCCAGGCAUUAUCUGCCAACUUUAGUGCAGAACCUCACUAAUGCUCUGGAAGUUUCAUGCUGCCUCUAGAAGCAACAUCAGCACAACAACUGUUGGACAGGAGUUUCAUGGAGUUGAGAUUCCAUGGUUGACCAACCUUACACAAGUCUAUCAUCACCUUGUGCAAUGGCAAAUGCCUGCCGGAAUGGUGUAUAUACAAACUGGAAUGCCAACUGUGAGCCAAGCAUUAUCGGCCAACGUCUGUGCAGAACCUCACUAACGGACCAGAAGUUCCAGACUGCCUCUAGAUGCAACAUCAGCACAGCAACUGUUAAGACAGCAGCUUCAAGGAUUGAGAUUCCUUGGCCGAGCAGCCUCACACAAGCCUAUGAUCUCACUGUGCAAUGGCAAAUGUCCACUGUAAAGGUGUAUACAAUGCCAACAAACUGGAACGCCAACUAUGAGCCAGGCAGAAUGCCACCAAUGCUCAUGUCGCUGUUUGGAAAUUCUAGUGUAAGGCCUUACCAGAAAGGUGGAGGCUAUUAUAGUAGCAAAAGGGAACCAGCUCCAUGUUAAUGCCAAUGCGUUUGGAAUGAAAUGUUUAACAUAUACAUGUGGAUGUGAUGCUUGGGUGUCCACCUACUUUUGGCCCUGUAGUGCAUAUUGCCUGAUCUAGCCUCCUGUUCUUAUCCCUUUGGAAAGUUAAGAACUAUCAACUGUUGGGCCUAAUUCAUUGAACAGCAACUAUAAAAGUAAUAAAAAAAGAUUGUGAAAUGAUGCUCAUUAUCCAAACAAUCUCAACUUACAGUUGGAUCGAGGAAUCAAAAGAGGAGUGCCGCAAAGUCAUCUCGGCGCAGGAAAAAAAAUGCAUCAGAGUGAGUUCCUCGCCUGUUCCUCAAUGUGCACCAACUAAUCUGUUCUUCAAAAACUCAAGGACUCUCUAAAAUUACCUUCUGGAUGUUUCUGCUACUCUGCUCAUCUCUUUUCCACAAUUGAUUUAUCCAAGCCAAAGCUUGUUAAAGUUGAAGAAGCAGAAGGUCAUCAUGGCACCUUUACAUAAGGACACCAUUUUGGGCAUUAGAGAUGAAAUGUGGUAUGGAAUGGAUGAUUACCUCCGUCAGUGAAGAUAAUGGCUGGUGCAGAUAGUCUCUCCCAUGUUGAUCAGGAAGAAUCAGGCCUUAAAUUCCACUGAUGGUGUAGAAAGAAUGGGAUAAGCAUGCAAGAAGCUGAUUAGAAGAAUAGUCCAUCAAUAAAACCACCUUGGUACAUCUGAAACUUGUUGGCAGUGAAACUUGAAGAUAUAGUAAGAUGUAACUUUAUGGAUUACAUAAAAGUGAUAUGGCUGGCCUUUCUGGAAUUAUUAAGGCACUAUGAAGACUUCUACUCAUUACUGAACCUUGCCGUCAGGAUCAGGUUAAAGGUGUUCUGGUUUCAUCCCUAGAAGUCCUUGUAGGAAAAAAAGGAUCAUUUGACAUGUAUCAACCAAAUGAUACAAAUAGAGCCUGUAUAAAUACCUGUGUUUGUGGAGGACUGGUGUAAAAUGUACAUGUAAGUAUUUCCAUUUCACAGGUAUGAAAGUGGUAGGUAUUCUAAGAGGUGUUGUAUCUGUCUCAGAAUCCAGCUUGUGAAACAGGAAAGGAAGAAGCUUUAAGGAGCAACUCAGUGGUUUGCUAUGGCUGUAAAGGUGUUUCUGCCUGUGUUGAUGGAAACGUACCAUGUCUUUGUGGACUAUUGAGACAUAGGAGUAAGGACAGGUGAAGAGUUGAAGAUUUUGGACUGUCUUUAUUUUGUGAUAAAUCUCAGCCCAAGCAGAGUGAUCUUCAAGGGUGCAACAGGUCAUAUGUGUUGAAGACGGAUGAAGAGCAAGGCAAUUCCUAAGAUUAGGACAUGAAGGAAGGAUUAUUACAUUUAGGAAACAAAACAGCACAUGUUCCUGUAAACAAAAAUCCAAAUUCUUGGAUGAUUUUGAGUUCCAACACAUUUCCGAUAGUGAGAUGAAAGAACUCAGGAGAUUGUAUCAGCAUGACCCUCUCCAGGAAUAAAAGAUUACUAGAACAUUUUGGGAUUGCUUUUUUGGUGCCAGGUUAAGGAUUCUUCAGUCAUGGAUGAAUAAAGGCCCUACCUUUGAGGGCCAUAUUUCUCGAGGCCUUACCUCAAGAAAUGGUGUGCCAAACCAAGAGCAGUUAAAUAUCUGGAUGCAGCUUAACUGGAUCUAUACAUCAGACAAAGAAAUACAUUCCAACAAAGAGAGUCUUAAACUUGCAUAAAUGCCAUAAUGUUUUGUUGUGGAUUGGCUUAGUACCCAUCUCAGUAUUUGUGGAUCAGAGGAAGCCUAAGGAAUUUGUUCUGUCUAUGGACUUGCUACCUCUAUAGUGUAGCAUCCCUUAAGAUAAAGAGUUAAAGAAGGAUCGAGACCAAGACAAAGGAGGAAGUAUGAGUAUGAGCAGACCUUAAAGGUUCCAGCAAGAAGAAACUUGAGAAAUUGGAAAAAGCUUGAGAAAUCUUAAAGAUAAAAAACUUUUCUUUGUAGAAAAAGUGAUGACACCUCCUACAACCAAAGAUAUCUGCCUCGUUCUCUUGUAGGACUUUCGAGAACUUAGCUGCGCUUUGUUUCUUCAAAUGUUUUCUACAUAAUGCAUUUGAAAAAUAUUCUGAACUUGGUUCUUUGACCAUGUUCAUCAUGUGGAAUUUGGACAGCCUUCAUUUGCAUUUUCGUCACAUUUUCUUGACCUGCUUCCUUUUCUGAUUUCUGAAUAUGCUGGGUUGAUUGCACAUUUUCAGCCCAGUAUAUUUCAACAAGGAUAUUUCUUACCUUGUGGAAUUUAGAUAGUAGCUUCCAAUUUCCAUGUCCUGCUUCCUUUUCUGAUCUUUGAAUCAGCAGUUCACAGAAUCUGAAGUAACUCAUUAAUAUCUGGCUGGUGAAUGAACACACUGGACUGACAUUUUCUUAAAAAUUCACCAGUACCAGUGGUGAAAAGGAGCUCCUGGUUCUUGCAGAUGCCCCUGCAAUCUCUGCAUCAUCUUCUUGUGGUCGAAGAUUGAAAGUAAGUUCCACUCGCUACUUUCGCUAAUAUGUUUCCAUACUGGAAUCAUCUAAUUGCACAGAAGUAUUCGUUAAUGAAAGAAGGUAAUGUCUUUUCAUCUUUUUUCAGCACAGCUUAAAGCGUAGCAAAACAUUCUUAUCAGCAAUAGUUAGAGAAACAAUUUCUUUGAAUUUUGAAUUGUGUAGUACUAUUAGUAGUAAUGUUGAGCAGUACAUAAAAUAAAGCUACUGCCAGUAACUGCAAUGAAAUUAACGUUUCCUUAAAAAGGUUAAAAGUUUGGUAUAUUUAUCAUGUUGAGAUAAAUUAAGAGAGAAAGCAUUUAUUAGCCUAAACAAGUAGAUUAGAAAAUUGUAAUGCCAUCUAUGCAAAGACUAAUGCAGUUUUAACAAUCAUUGCCCUCCAAUGGGACUCAAAUUUACAGGAAAGUCCGGCUCCUAUACAGAAUGUGUAUCCAAGAGAUGACACCCUUUGUGGACCUUGCUUCAAGACUGGUCUUUCUGAUGAGGAGCCCCGAAGGCCAAGUUGCACACGAGCAGCACAUGGACGGAACCGCCACAAGAGGUUCAAGUCUUCCUCUGCUCAGGCACUUUCAGACUUUGCCAAUUCUGCUGACAGUGCCGAUGAAGAUCCUGUUUCGUCAGACAAGACCAGUCCAGAGAAAAAUGAAGGCAAGCAGCCAUUGUAUUUGUCACUCAACGCCUGUCAGCUGAUUGAGGAGAAGUUCUGGCCUCCUAAGCUGGAAGAUACUUUCACUCUUUCAGUGAAAUCAAACAGACUCAUUCAUGUCUCUGAUGCCAAACACAGCAGCAAUACAACAAACAUGUUCACACUGCCAGAUGGAAAUAAAGUGUGUAUUUCAUGGGACAAAGAUCAAGCCAUACAAGAAAUCAUGAGAUUUGCUAACCUUGGACAUGAGAGCACACAAGAUGACAUUAUGGAAGUAAUUACAGAAGCUGAGACUCUGAACAUCUUUAAAAAUGGUGGCUUUCAGCAGUAUGCCAGAACUGUUUAUUCCCUCGUGCACAGAAAACAAGAACAACAGCAAGAAGACUGUUUUUUACAGAUUGGGAAAUAUGUGCUCAGAUUGCAGAUUAAGGACUUGUAUGUCAUUCCGCAGUAUGAGUACACUGACGGGCAUCUUCAGACCAUGAGGUUUAAUGAUAGGAACCUGUCUUAUGCAAAAAUAAGCCCAACAAAUAAGUUUAACAAGAAAUACACUGAAACGCUGUACAACUACAUCAUUGGGAACCACAAAAAAGUCGACUGCUUCGUACAGAGCCCAGAGGACGCUAUAGCCAUUGGAGCCGUUCUGUUCUCAGAGGUCAUCAGGAACCCUGAGAUGUUUCUCCACAACUUUGUGCUGAUACACUUACUAAAAUCUUGGGAUGACUUCCAUCAUAAUCACCCCAUGGUCACAGGUGGAUCCUGGAAACAUCAGGGCAACAAUGAAAACCUGCCGAAAAAGGUCAUCGAAAAAACACAAAACAAUUAUAAAGCAUUCAUGCAGAAGUUUUUCAGUGGGAACAGUGUAGGUGCGAUUGCUGGCUGAGUGAUGUCCGUCUGGGUUUAAACAGCUUUACCACUGUAUUGAAUUAUUUCUGACUGCAGUCGUUCUAGUUUAAGGUGUGAAAGAGUUUAAAAAGCUGUUUAUUUGUGCCUGCUCAAGGAGGAUGAGCUGCCCCAGUGAGUCUGGUUCCUCUCAAGGUUUCUUCCUGCUGGUCAGGAAGUUUUUCCUUGCCACUGUUGCCUUAGGCUUGCUCACUGAGGGCCAAAGGCCAGGCCUAGAUUAUGCAGCAUCAAACCAUUUUCUUAUUACCCAGUACAGUGUACGUCUCAGAAGAGUAUGACUGUAAUUUUCAUUGCUUUUGGAUUGUUAGACAAUUUCGAGGGUUAGGAUUUCACUACCCAAACACGUGAUUUUGGUCUUCAAUCUCAGUUUUAUAAUAACGGGAUUAGUUGUAAAUCUGCAUUUGUCCUUUAUUCAUUUCAUAAUUUUGUAAUUUCAUUUAUUUAUUUAUUUAUUUAUUUAUUUAUUUAUUUAUGUAUUUAUUUGCUUGCUUGUCUUUCUUUACUUGUAUGUCUUUGAGAGAUCCAUGAACUCUUUUCAGUCUGCCUAAUAUGUACAACUGUAAAAUUCGACUUGUAAAUACUUAUUUGUCAUUUACAUAUUUAUAUAUUUUUAUGUUGUAUAAAGAGUUUGCAAACCAUUUAUACCAGUUAUGUAUUUCUUAGUCAAAUUAAAGUGUUGAAAGAAAAAGA